UUGUUGUAGAUUCCUUAUAGGCUUCCUUCAGAUUUUAGCCCAAGUGUUGCAAUGGAACCGAGCUGGAGUACGUUUUUAUUUCAACAGGCCAAUGAGGCUCUGCAUCACCAACACCAAGUAGCUGGAAACAGCCUGUUGCCUCUUCUUAAUUCUGGGACAGAGCCACCUGAUCAGAAACCAGUGCUGCCAAUCCCGUUGGACCAGAAACCACCUGUCAGUGCUACAGAACUUCUUAAAGACAAUGUGGCUACUGGGGCUGUUGGAGGAGUUGGUGAAGUGGCUCCAGUUGCUGUGGUUAAAAAGGAACCUAAGUCAAAGACUCCCUUUAUCUGUGGCUACUGCAACAAAGCUUUCCGGGACAGCUACCAUCUACGGCGGCACGAGUCUUGCCACACUGGCGUUAAGAUGGUGUCACGGCCUAAGAAGGCUCAGACUGCUCCUACCAUGGUGCCACUCAUAUCCACUGUACCACGUGAGAAUAGUGGAAAUCCGUCAUACAUAACUACUGUAGCCACAGGUGUCCUGACUACAGCAACAACAUCAGCAUCCACAGGCACUAGCAGCAUGACCCCAAUGCAACACCAACAACUACAGAGCAUCCCUAAAAAGCCUCCCAAGCCAGUGAAAAAGAACCAUGGUUGUGACAUGUGUGGUAAGGCCUUCAGAGAUGUGUAUCACCUCAAUCGCCACAAGCUGUCACACUCAGACGAAAAGCCGUUUGAAUGUCCCAUCUGUCAGCAGAGGUUUAAAAGGAAGGAUCGCAUGACAUACCAUGUCCGCUCCCAUGAUGGGGGAGUUCACAAGCCCUACAUCUGUUCUGUCUGUGGGAAGGGCUUCUCUAGACCUGAUCAUCUAAGCUGUCAUGUCAAGCACGUCCAUUCCUCAGAGAGGCCAUUUAAGUGCCAAGUAACGGCUUGUACGUCUGCUUUUGCUACCAAAGACCGCCUGCGAUCUCACAUGAUCAGACAUGAAGGCAAAGUGACCUGCAACAUCUGUGGCAAAAUGCUAAGUGCUGCCUACAUCACAAGUCACCUCAAGACCCAUGGGCAAGCUAGCUUCAACAGCCCAUGUAACAAUAAAGGCAUAAGUGACUGGCAGUGGAACCACUCAGGGCCACGAAAAGGUGAGUUGACGGUAGGAGAGAUUUUAAAUAACUCCUUCCAAGUCCUAAUUGACAACUCUCAUAAAGAUGCCAACAACUUACACAACAGCUCUGCGGCUACGACACCUGUCACCAACUCUGCAGUCAACACCUCUGCUGUGAACCGCAGUGUCAAUUCCAGCAAUGCUGUUACCAUCACAGCUCAGAUUAAUACUGCCACCAGCACCGUUAACAUUACAUCGCCAGUUAACCUGCAGCACCCUGUCACCAUCACUGGCCCUGUGAACCUGACCUCUGUUGGAAUCCCUACAACAGCACACAUGAAUAUUGCCCACCCGGUAGCUAUCACCACUCCUAUGCCCAUGAAUAUAACUGGGCCACUCAAUAUUGCUAUGAGGCCCAUGGAGUCUAUGCCUUUUCUUUCCCAGGUUCUGCCAUCCUCCCCUCCUUGGUAGAUCUUUUGUUCCUCAUGUAACAGUUAGUGAUGUUUUAACUGCCUAAUAACGGACAAAGCCAUUAGAUAUUAGUAAAAUCUCCCUCUAAAUGAGUUGAUAGUGUACUGGGCAUAAAAAGGUGAACUAAUGUGUCACGUAGAUGGUAACCAAUGAUUGUUACUUACAGAGGUCAGCAUUAUUACAACAUUAUGUGGUAAUUAUGAAUUUUAUUUUUAGUUAAUACAGAAAAUACAUAUUUUUGUAACUUAGCAAUGGUCAGAAAUUAAUUAAUCAGAGUACUACCAUGUACAUAAAUUGUUCUUUUAUAGAAUAUAUAUGCAUUUUGUUUUAUGCAUUUUACCUUAGGACAUUAGUAGAAAUGUUUUAAUAGGGGAAGACUUUGUUGAUUGUGAGUUGUUGGGUUUUUUUUGUUGUUUUGUUUUGGG